AAGUUGAAUCACAGACAGAUAAAAAAAACUACAGACAAGGCAUGAGAAGACAGAGGAAGCAUGAAAACUAAAACGAGGGACAGAAUACAAAACAGCCUUAACUGAGAACAGGGGCUUCCUAUGAACAUUGUGGGCUUCGUGUGGAGGUGAAUCAGUGAUCAGUAACUAAUUUCGGGUUUUGAUGAGGUACUUGAGUCUCGGUGACUUCUGAAAUCCAGAGACAUGUCGUCUUUAAGAAAUGUCUUCCGGCGCAGCUGGUCUUGUGAUGAAAAGCUGGAGGGAAAAGUUGUUGUCAUCACUGGAGCAAACACUGGCAUCGGCAAAGAAACUGCCAUUGAUCUAGCAAAGAGAGGGGCAGAAAAGGUGAUCAUAGCAUGCAGGGACAUGGAGAAAGCAAACGCAGCCGUGAAAGACAUCAUCGAAAGCUCAGGCAAUGAACAUGUCGUUUGCAUGAAACUUGAUUUGUCAGACAGCAAGUCUAUACGAGAAUUUGCUGAAGCCAUCAACAAAGACGAGCCAAAGCUGAACAUCCUCAUCAACAAUGCAGGUGUGAUGGUCUGUCCCUUUGGGAAAACAGCUGAUGGUUUUGAGAUGCAGAUCGGUGUCAAUCACCUGGGUCACUUCCUGUUGACAUAUUUGUUGCUUGACCUGAUUAAAAAGUCGGCACCAGCUAGGAUUAUCAAUGUAUCUUCCAUGGCUCACGCCUGGGGCUCCAUAAAUCUAGAGGACCUCAACAGUGAGAAGCAUUACAACAAGAAUAAAGCCUAUGCUCAAAGCAAGCUAGCCAACGUCCUCUUCACCCGAUCACUGGCUAAACGAUUAGAAGGCACAGGAGUGACGACCUACUCUCUCCAUCCUGGAGUUGUUCAGACUGAGUUAAUUCGUCAUCUGAAUGGUGUCCAGCAAUUCUUCAUGAAGAUGGUCAGUCCUUUUACCAAAAACUCUGUCCAGGGAGCGCAGACAACAAUUUACUGUGCUGUUGACCCAUCAUUAGAGAAGGAGAGUGGCAGAUACUACAGUGACUGUGCUCCUGCUAACUGUUCUGCGGCUGCCAAAGAUGACAACGUGGCGGAGAAGCUGUGGGAGCUGAGCUGUAGUUUGCUCUCUUUAACGUGGGACUGAGACAUUCAGAACUGAAAAUAAAAUCCUGGCAGUGUAUUCUGUUUCUUUAUUACCUGAUGAUUUCAUUAUAAUGUAGGCCACGACAAUCUUUAAACACUUCAUUUUUAUCUCAACAACACAGCUGUAAAACUUUAUUCUGCACGCUGCACAGUUCUGACGUUUUAUUUGUUCCUUGGAAAGAAUUUAUUAUGGUCACAUUUGCCUUUCACUCACACAGUGAAACUGGUAACUACACUGUAAUUCUGUGAAUAGCAAGUGUAAGAUCAGUGGAAAGCUUAUAAUACUGAUUUAUAAAAAAUUAAAAGAAGCUUAAAUAUUUGGUUUAUCAAUGUUUAAUACAAGGUUUGUAAUUAAUUGGAUAAUAUCUGCAUGAUAAUUCAUAAUAGACUGCAGUCUUGUCUACAUUGUUUACAGAAACUUUUCUUUUUACUUUCUGACAUUAAACAGACUUAUGGAGAGCGUU